GGCGGGUGCAAAGGGAGAGCGGCUGCAGGGACGGGGCGGGAGCCCACCGAAGCCCGCGGCGCCGCAGAUGCCGCUCGGAGGAACGGGUCGCCCCUCAGCCGUGCGAGGACUCCGAGAAAGUGCACCUGCUCCGAGGCCGCGCCUGUGCUCACGUGCUGAGGCUCAUGGGAAACGUAGUCCGACGGGAGGGGGCGGGGCCUCGGAGCAGACGCGUGAUUGGCCAGGGCGGUGUCGCCGGGGCAACGCGCAAGGGGCGGGCCGAUGGGGGCCAGCGGAAGGGCGGGGCCUUGGAGCUGAUGCGUGAUUGGCCAGGGCCGCGUCGCCGGGGCAACGCGCGAGGGGCGGGCCGAUGGGGGGGGCCAGCGGAAGGGCGCGGGGCCCCUCACCGCAGGGGCUCGUGGUGGCGGAGUGAGCGCCGGUAGGCGCGGCGCACGGGCUCUCCCGCCGCCGCCCGAAGUGCGCGGGGCGCCCCUCCCCCGAGCCAUCUUCUGGCUCCUCCUCUGUCUGGGGCACCAUCCCUUCCUCCCGGAGGACUCCCGUCUCCCCUUCGUCUCUGGAAGGCCAGCUGUGGGGGUCGGGCCCGGUUCAGCCUGUCAGACAGGCCCCCCUUGUGGGCGCGUCUCCCUGCGGGCCCUCAGGGCCAGGACACGGUUGCCCGCGGAGCGCCCCACACAGCCCUAGGCUCUGUUUUGCUUGGCUUCCGCCUUUCACAAGUACGGUCCACACGGUGUGAGUCACGCACAGCUGUCCCGUGUCAGCGAGCACGGUGUCUCGGGGUCCACGUCGGCCCCUGCCUCGGCCGUGGCGCAGGCCAGCCCCUCGGGGUGCCCCUCUUGAGUCAACGUGACCUUGAGAUGGAGGGGACGGGCAGCCUGUUCUCACCCUGGCUCCCCCUCUCUCAGCUCCUCGGCUGACCCUGGAAGCCUGGGGUAAUUCCCCUGGCCUUGCGUUCAGCAUCAUCUCCUAGCUGUUUCCUGGAAGCUCCAUCCGACUCCAAGUGGUUCACAAGGCUUCCUUCUGCUCUUAGUUCCAGCUCUUGUGACCUCUCCUUCCAUGAAACUUUCCCCAGUUUAGCUUCGAGCAUCCCCACACCAGGGCCCUCUCUGCCCAGACAUCAGCAUCACCACCGCCACCACCCCCCCGGCUGGGGCUGUCUGCACGCAGCUGCCUCACCUUGACUGUGGCUGUGUGGCUGGCAGCCUGACUCCUCUUUCCUGCAGGUGGCUCCAAGAAGAUUCCCCACACAAUGCCAUCCCCACUGGGUCCCCCUAGUCUACCCUCUCUGGACCCUGAGGCCACCCCAGAGGAUCCCGAGAUGGCACGCCAGCACUUCCGGGGCUUCUGCUACCAAGAGGUGGCCGGUCCCCGGGCGGCCCUGGCCCGGCUGCAGUUUCUGUGCCGCCAAUGGCUACGGCCUGAGGCGCACUCCAAGGAGCAGAUACUGGACCUGCUGGUGCUGGAGCAGUUCCUGGGGGCUCUGCCCCCCGAGAUCCAGGCCUGGGUGCGAGGCCAGCAGCCAGGCAGCCCUGAGGAGGCCGUUGUCCUGGUCGAAGACCUGCAGCGUGACCCUGGGCAGCUGCUGGGCUGGAUUACAGCACAUGUCCUGCAGCAAGCUGUGCUCCCAGCCACGAAGAAGACAGAGGAGUUGGUUGGGGGUGUCCACCCCUCAGGGACAGUGGAGCUCCUCAGGGUAGCCUCUGGGGAGGGGCCAAAGGAUGCCCAGAUGGAGGGCAAUGCCCAGCUCAGCUGCAGUGUGAAGGAGGAGCCUGAUGGCUACGUACAGGAGACAGGAGCAGCCCCUGACCCCUGCCUGCCUGGCUUCCUAGCAUCCUCCAGCCCCCCACCUCCAGCCCAGUCCUGCAAGGAGCAUGUCGAACAACAGGAACCGACAUCUGCACCCUUCCAGCCACCCCGGCUUCAGGAGUGGGGGCUCCUGGAGCCGUCCCAGAAGGAGCUGUACUGGGACGCGAUGCUGGAGAAGUACGGCUCGGUGGUCUCCCUGGGGUUGCCGCACCCCCUGCCUGAGUCGCGUGAGAAGUCGCAGCCGGAGGCCCUGAGCACCGGAUCCAGAUCCGAGGGGCGGAGAAACCUCCGACCGGGAGAUGAGAGCGAGGGCCAGCCCGGCGGCCCCGAGGCCCCGCUGCCGCCGCCGCCGCCGCCGCCAAGGAGCAAGCCCUACACGUGCGCUCAGUGUGGCGGCGCCUUCGACUGGAAGUCAGUGUUCGUCAUCCACCGUCGUGCGCACGCCAGCGGCCCGGGCACCGAGAAGCCGCCGGCCGGCCCGCCCCCGCGCGCGCUCCCGGGCCCGCGCGGCUACGCCUGCGAGGAGUGCGGCCACAGUUUCAGCUGGAAGUCCCAGCUGGUCAUCCACCGCAAGGGCCAUGCCAGCCAGCGGCGCCACCUCUGCGCCGACUGCGGCCACAGCUUCGACUGGAAGUCCCAGCUGGUCAUCCACCGCAAGAGCCACCGGCCCGAGGCCCCGUGAGCGCUGGAAGGGUGGCCUCCCUGUCCAGGCACCGGCGUGGCCUGGAGACCUGGAGGCUGCCCAGGACCCUGGAGCAGGUCAGAGUCCCAGGGGGCCCCCUGCCCCGCUCAGUCUGCCGCCGGAGCUAAUGCUCCCUGUCUCCUGCCCAGCUUUCUGAGAGGCCUGGCUGGGCUCCAGGCUUCCGCCAGCCCAGUGCCACCAGGGGACUUGCAAGCUCCCACCGGUGACCUCGUGUGGGCUCCCCCGACCUCUGGGACCACUUGGCUUGGUCACCAGGCCCCUCCCGCUCCUCCUGCAGAAGCUGGGCCCAUGGUCUGAGUGUGGACGGGCCAGGAAGCCCAGGAAAGCAUGGCCCACUUCCGUCUGCAGCCAGCUGCAAAGCUGAAGUUUAUCCACUGUGCAUUUUAGAGUUUUAACAGAUUCCAGUUUUAAAUUGGACAAGUUUCUGCAGAAGAAUCGUGAUAUCUGGUCUCUGCUGGUCGGAUCAGAGCACCUGCCCUCCCGCCCAGCCCCUGGAGCUGCUGAGCAGCCGGCCCCUGAGCCGGGCCAGCGUCCAGCCUGCCCGCUCCUUGGCUGCACUCCCCACUGCUGGCGUUGUUGUCCCUGCCUGAGUGGAUGUGAAGGGAACUUCUCUCCAAGGAUUUCUGGACAAGGAUGGGCUCCAAGAACAGAUGUCACUUAGGCCUGCAGGCCAGCGGCUCAGGGCUGUGUCCCCACAGCCUGCACAGUGGGCCACCCCUGGUGGCCCAUCUGGGUCCUGGGCAGUCGUUUAGGUCUUGGCUAGUGUCCUGUGGUACUUUUCUACUGCUGCGAUGGCUUGACACAACACGUGUAUCCUCUUGGGACUCUGGAUUGGGUCUCUCUGGGCCCAAUCACGGUGUCAGCAGGGCUGGUUCCUCCUGAAGUCUCUAAGGGGGAAUCCACUGUAAGGGUUUUUCUGGCUUGUAGAGGCUGCUGCGCCCUUUGAUUUGUGGCCCUUCGCUACAUCGGCAGCGCUUGCCGUGGAUAGUGAGGUCCCAUACUGCCUCCUCCUUGUAAGGCCCUUGGGGCUGCAUCCAGAGUCUCUGGUAACCAUGGUGAUCCUCGUCUCAGGGUUGCACGUCUUCCACGUCCAUCCACCUUCCUGCUCUCAUCUGCGCAAGCCCUUUGCGUGUGAGGUGACAUUCACGGAUCCAGGGGUUAGGACGUGGACGUCUUGGGGGCUGUUACUUGGUGCACUUCGGUCUCCAUUCUGCUCUAAAAAGAGCAUUUCGUGGGAGGUGAUUUCAGGGAAACACAUGCACCCAAGGAUUGAGCCCCCCGCAGCCUCGGGCACAUGCAGGGGUCGCAGGAGGGUGUUGAGUGCUGCAGUAACCAUCCUUACUGGGCAAGGUGGGGGACACAUGGACGGGGUUGGGGAAGCUUACUGCAGCCUGAAACGGAGGGAGAAGCCUUCACGCCGGGGACCCACCUCCUCCAUGUCCAGUCUUCUGGGACCUUUGAGCGGUUGACCAUACUCAGGCCCGGGGAAGAACGGCCAGGCUGGAGGUGGAACUGGGCACCAGUGAUCUCGUUACUGCAUCCAAGCUUGUGCUGCUCGCUGCAUGACAGGCCGGUGAAUCGAGAGCCUAAGUGGUUAGGGCAAGGAGUAGCGCCUGUAUUCAAAAAGCCAGCAAACUGAGACAAUGGAGACGUGUGCCCCAGAGAACCAUCUUGUCUGAGUUAAAAUCCAGGCUGCUCUUACACUGAAAGGGGAGGAAGUCAAGUCAAACAUUUCCUGGUUCAGAGGAGAUGUGUUCAUUUCCUCCUCCCUGUAGACACUCAUAGGUGGGUGUGGUCAGGAGGUCUCCUGUGAGCUAAAGGAAGGAAUUUUAGCUUAAAUGCUCACUACCUGGGAGUCAGGGCUCCCAGAGGUGGGCUAUUAUGUCUAAUUUAAGCUUAGAGGCAGCAUUCCUCUAGUGACUGACUCAGGUGACAGAAUUCAAAGGUUCUUCCUCAUUAUAACACAAUCUGGCUGGCAGCCAGCGGUGAGGUCUGUGCUGGGGUCAUGGAGGAAGGUGUCAGGCCAGGGCCCAGCCACACAGAUGGUGAGGGGCGGGCGGGGGUGGGCGGGCAGCCUUCUUGGGAGAUUUUUCAUAUUUAAAAGUAGUUUCUGUUCACUUAGAAAAGUCUGAAAUAUACCCGAGGACAAAGAAGCUCACGAAAGUGGUCGCGGAUGCCACUGUUUUUCUCGGUGUUCACACAGGGGUGGGGUUUUAUAGCCGGUUAAGUCUCUGCAUGUUGUUCUGAGCCCUGCUCUUCCCGCCCACCUCCCUGUGUUACUAAAAAUGCGACGUGUCAUGAUGCCUGGGUGGAGAUUCCACUUCCUGGGUUUCCACCAGGCCCCGACAGUUCCUCCCCCGCAGCUCCCGGUGCCGUGAGGACACACCUGAGCAGACUCUCUGUGGGCAACCUGUGUGUUUCCUCAAAACAGGCUCCUGCAGAGUGGGAGUGGCAAGUUUUCCCGAGCGUGGGAUUUCUGUUCUUGUUUUUUUCCUUUUCUUCUUGUUUUAAGAAAUAGAUUACAGUUCUGAGGUCA